CAUUUUGGUGCAUUUCUCGUGAUAAGCGUGGUUGGCGUCGGUGCAAAGCCAAGUGCAUCAUUAUUGUGCGGCUGUGUGGCGCUGAUAAACAAUAAAUUCCGUUAUUCAACGACACUGAAUGCGAUCUGUGCUUCGUUUCUUGCAGCCCGUCAAGAGUUUGGUUAACGCAAGCAGUGGAAGCGACAAAAGGAUGUUUUCUUCGAGCUCGGGAAAAGCAAGAACCUUUCCGACUACUUUGGAAGGAUUUGGCUACGGUUUCAAUGAAGAUGGAAAGUUAAAGCGAAUCGACAAGGAAACGGGAAAGUUAACCGAAAAGGGAUUCGAUUUCAACAUCUACACUUCGGCCCAGGAAAAUCAAGCCCAUUACGAAGCCCUGGGGGAAACCAUAACGGAUGCCGUUUACGAAAGGCUGGAAAAGAAUGUUGGAAUGAAGAAAUUGUUCCUGCCGGAUGAUGUGCCCCAGGAAGAGGCUACCUUCAUUUUCAGCACAACGGACAAGUUGAACAAAUCGAAAAAGUUGCUGGUGCUGAUCCACGGCAGUGGAGUUGUUCGGGCAGGGCAGUGGGCUAGAAGCCUGAUUAUAAACCACAGCAUGGAAUCGGGGACUCAAAUUCCAUACAUCAACAAAGGCCGCGAGUUGGGUUACGAGGUGUUGCUGACCAACACCAACGAUAACUACCGAAAGGUGGCUGGCGGUGGCACCAAGGGCAUCAAAGGUAGCAGAAACCCCACGGAGCACGCCGUGUCGGUGUUUGAGAAAUACAUCAUACCCAGCGAACCGGAAGCGGUCGCAAUUGUGGCGCACAGUUACGGAGGCGUGGUGACGGUAGAACUAGCUCAGAAAUUUCCACAAUUCUUCAAGGAAAAAGUAUUUGCUGUUGGAUUUACCGAUAGCGUCCACUCGUCUUCGCUGGUGCCCGAAGUGUUAAUUCCGAUUGGCCGCAACUGGGUAACCUCGAAGGAGCCACUCGACACAACGCUAACCAUUUCCAAGCGCGACCUACCGCGAUACUCAGCAGGCCAUAUCAAACACGAGAUGACAUCGUACUCUUGCAUGGAUGCGUUAUUCAAGUUCUUCGAGCAACGGUACGAGCAGUUUAAGGGCGACGCUGACUCUUCCGGUCCUGAUACCAAGAAGCCGAAAAGUGAACUCUAACUGCACCAACCUGCCACACCUGAGGAGAAUCCACUGGAGGAAAGCCGAGCAUCAGGAGAAAGAGGAAAGAAAUCAUGACGUUGUAAAAUUUUCGUGUCUGCGACAAAUAAAAUUAAGUCCAAGAAAGUGCUUUGCAUGGCAUUGUUCUUAUACACUUGCUAACUUCUUCAGCUGAAGUGUAAAUUAAAGUAUCUCUUAAUCUUAA